CGGAAGUAAACGUCUUAUUUCUAUUUGAAAAAGUAUCUGUAUCACUAGAAGUCGGUGAUUAUGCAAUGUACAGAAAUAAAUAGAAAGCACCAGUACAACCGCCCGAUUUGUUCUGCCCUGAGGUAAUUCCAAGAAGAUGGCUGCUGCCCUUGCGGGCGCCCUUGAUUACGGCCGCUUAACUCCACCGCCGGGCUGUCGCGUGGUGCUGGCGUUGUGCGUGGCGUUUUUUAUCCUGCCCACUGGAGAAAUCCUGGCCUGCUCACCCGCAAAUGUUUUCGACCGGUGGUGGCUCUGGACCCUUUGCACCACCACCUACGUGCACCACGUACGAUAGUGUUUUUUUGUCUGGAGGAGGUUAUUGUAGAGCUAGACAGAAACGAGCCAUCUCACCUUGUGUGAACAUGGUUUGUUGGGGAAUGGGCAUUGAUAGUGAUCAUGCUCAAUCCAUAAACAGAGUUACACCAAUCGUCUUGCACAUGCGUUACUUUAUCUAGUUUGAUUUUUGAAAAUCCAAUCCCCCCACAGGAGUUGUUUUCGCUGGCGGGGGGCUUGCUGCUUGGCUGGCGGCGGUUUGUGCGCGCGGAAAACGAGCAUGGGACUGUCGGGUUUCUGCUCUGGCUCCUCUUCGUCUCCGCCGUAAUCCACGUCGUGUACGUGAUUGCCUGCCACUUGGUGUUCGAGUAUUUCGACCCACGACUUGCCGGGGAACCCGUGCUAUGUAUUGCAAAAGUAUCGUUAUCGUAGUACUGGCAGAAAUUUUUGUCGCAAUACAAUUUGAUGAGACCAGGAGGAAAAUUACAAGUGCAAUUUGUAAUGCUGCUUCAGCAAAAAAAGAAGAUUUGUCGCGCAGAUUGCAACUAGUGCGAGUAGGAAUACGAUACUUGUUUUGCAAUGCAUACGUGCACGGGUUGUGGCCGCUCGUGUGUCUGCUCUUCACCUACGAUGCGAAGCUUGACCCGUUCGGCGAGGUAUCAUGUAUGAAAUUUUUGCGCACCAGGCAGCUACAUCUUCAAAAGUUGCACCACGUGUAGCAUAUUUCUUCAAGAACUUCUUUGCUCUGAUGAAGCAAAGGCGGGCCGCACAGUGCAACGACUGCGCCAGCUGGGAGGUAGGGAGAUAUGUCGAUGCUGUGUAGUACUAUCAUCUGUGCAGGAACUUAUUCAUCUCGGCAACAAGAAAUGCCAGUGCCAGCGAUCGAAACGACAACGCUUCAUACCUCAGGUCCUGCUCUGGCCGCUCCCUCUCACGGUGUACACGCGCACAGUGCCGCUACUGGCGUUGUUUGGUGCGUGGCUGGUGCACUUCGACGCCCACCUGGAUUCCAUCGUGGCCAUGUUGGUGGCGCUGGCGCUUCCGUUCGAACUGCAGCUGUCGGACGCCGCGCACGAUGCCAUUGAAGCGGUUCUGGAGCGCCACGAAAGUGUCCGCGCGGUGCAGUACCUGAAGGGUAUGGAGGGGUUUUGCACCCGCAACGCGGGCUUCAAGGCGCUCGGCACCAGCGGCGCCCCCGUAUCCAGUGCAAAUAUGUCUGGGUGGUCUAGAAGGUUGAUGCAACUUGUGAUGCUGUGUUUGGAUUCUAAAAAAAUCUGUACUGCAUGACCAGCAAGAGGUGCGCAGUUUGUGCUACGCGCAGAGGGCAUUUCUGAUGCGGAAUAGGCAACAGGAAGCCGUCUAAAAGGCUGUCAUGCUAGGUCAUGCAUUACAGGCAUCAUGGCUCGUGCGAAAUAUGCAUGAUAAACCUGGAAAUCUUCCAGACCCAGACAUAUUUGCAAUGCAUAUCCCGCCACCCAGGCCAACGAGUUUGACUUUGCCGGCAGCGGCGAACUGGAUUUGGAAGCCGGCGCGGGUUUCGACGUGAGUAACGUGCUUGCGGGGGCGGGGAGCAGCAGCAGUAGUAGCUCUAGCACCGGGGGUCAUCUUUUCGGGAACCCAGCCACGCUGUCCUCACCUGGGAAAAGCGCGAGCGGCGUAGUUGCUUCUACGGCCGGAGGAGGUCCUGCUCUAGUAGCGGGAGCAAGACCAGACGCAGUUGGCGGCAGCAUGCUUUAUCCCCAGCAAAUAGGAGCCGCCUCAUCUUCCGGUAUUGCAGCUACCAGUUCUACUGCUGCGCUUUACGCAGUAGACCCGCGGCAGCAGGCGCCAGUCGCCGCGCCGCUCCCGCCGCCGCCCGGGGGCUUCGCGAGCGCGGACUUUCUCGAGAGCGACAGCACGACGGCACAGGUGCUGAAUACCGACUUUCUCGCUCCCGGGCCAGCGGCGCCGCCACCGAACGUGGACCCAUUCCUCGCACAGCACCCAGUGUUCGACGAGAACAUAAACACAAAGGACAUAUUCGGUGACCUAAGCACCACGGACGAUCCGUUUGAAUUGUGAAGAUGAUGAAGCUGUGCUGUUGUUGUGGUACUGACUGUGGCGCUGGAACAACAGACCGCAGUCAAGCGCAGCGUUGCUAUUCGAAGAAUGGAAGUUGACCAGAACACGCACGUAUCGCGAAUGAAAAAAAAAAGAUAGACCACAAAUCAACUCAUGACUCACUAGCCACUGCAGUUUGCUGCAGUUGAGCCAU